UGAAGAGGUUUAGCUGAACCUGAAGUGGGACAACUUUUCAUCUUACUUGGCGCUUUCCUUCGACUCUUGUUACGAGUCCCAACAGUUUGUGGAUGUAUCGUUGGUAUGCAAGGAUGGGGAGGUGAUUAAAGGUCACAAAAUGAUACUCGCCAACACUAGCAAGUUUUUUCGACGUUUGUUGACUGAAAUUGAACAUCCGCACCCAGUGAUCGUCUUGAAUAACAUUGACGCUGACGAUCUCAGAAGUUUGAUGACUUUUAUGUACUGCGGGGAGGUUCAAGUAUUUCAAAACGAUCUCAAAAAACUGUUAGAAAUAGCUGAUACUUUAGAAAUCACGGAAUUACAGCAAAUUCAAGAACUCGAUAGUCCUGCUGUUCGCUUCGGUGUAAAAAAUUAUCUUGGUUCAAAUGCUGAGAUCAAUCGAACUGAGGCUUCUAGAAACAAUAUGGACUACGAAGGUAAUCUAAAUAGUUCGAGUGGCAAGCCUGCGUCAAAUCUUUUUAAAUAUGUCUCUAGCCUUGGUCAGAAAAACAAUUCAGAAUCUUCUCUUCAACCGUUCGAAAGUUCAAGUAAAAAAUUGCAAGAGAUGGCACAGAAGUUUGAGAAAUGUCCAAGGAGCGUCGGAAGCUGUUCGUUCUUACAGCAGGCGCAAAACAGUAAUGGGACAAGGAUACAGGAAAUACCAAGUGACUGCGAUAAUAAGAAAGUAAAAAUAUCUCAGAACAGAGAUUUGCAUAGAUUGGAAUUCAAAAGUUCAAGUCAGAAACUUCAGGAAAUGGCCAAACUGUUAGAAAAUGUGAAUCAUCACAAGACGUCGGAAGCAUCCAAAGAAGCUUGGGAGGGUCAAAAGAGAUCGUUGGAUUUUGACAACGGCGUCACCGAACCUCCGGCUAAAAAAUCCAAUAUGACACCUAAUACUCUGAAUACUUCAGAGCUAGAACCGAAGGCUGAAAUAGCCGGGCGACUGUCCACAGUGCGAGAAACCCUUCCAUGUCGCUCAGCUGACGCCGAAGACCUUUUGCAAAACUGUGUCUUUAUCAAAGAUGAAGUUGAUGUUGCCACCGAUUGCAGUACAGCAUCAGAUGUCGAUCUGGAUAAUUCACCAGCAGACAACUUGCUCGUAAACAACACUGAUCUUUUUCCCGUUCCACUUGCCUGCGAGCGUUACUGUCAUAAACCCAAGUGGAAUAGAUUAUGGUUCGUUUUGAGCGUGGAGGUAAAUAAUACAAAUGGCGAGCUAGUGAAAAGAAAACAAAAUAUUGAAGAGGUUAAGUUUUAA